AUGCACGCUCGCCUCGGCACCCAAAGCGUCGCACGCUCCGCUCCUGUUGCCACCAACCUUGUGCGACGUCGCCUCACUGUCGCCGGGUCGCACGCGAUCGCAACGCGCGAAUUCCAGCCCAGCAGGCAUUCACUGUUCCUCCAAAGCGCCUCCGCCAAGUCAUUGUGCGCGAGCUACGCGAAUCGUUUCGCGACGGGACUUGUCGCAUGCGACAGCUGGCGACGGCCAAGCAGUCGCAUUCAUCAUCGCCAUUGGCUGCACCAGACUAAGCCAUCGCCGUCGCCGUCCUUGUCAUUCCGCUGCGCUGCUUCCGACGCCAGCGCUGACUCGCGCGGACAGGCGGAAGCAGACGGCGCGGCCGCGGCGGUUGCAGGGAAGGCGCCUUCCGGGGGAGGCGCGAGCGCACGGGUGGGUGUUAGCCUGCAGGGCUGCGUCGCAGCAUUGGAAUGGCUUCGCUAUGGAAUGCUGCUCUAUAAGAAUCGCAAAGAAUCAACUUUUCACAAAAUGCUGGGCCCCAUCGCCAAGCCUCUCUGCUACUUGUUCCCCGCGCCUUCCGUCUCACCCCCUCAUCUCCUCGCGUUCUUCCUCCGCGUGCCUCCCCACUGUGACCCCUCCAGCCCAGCAGCAGCGGAAGCAGCGGCGCAGCGUCGUCAUCUGUCGUGGCGCCAGUACCUUAACAAUUCGUGGACACAGUUCCACGCCACAGAGUACCUUAACAAUUCGUGGACACAGUUCCACGCCACAGAGUACCUUAACAAUUCGUGGACACAGUUCCACGCCACAGAUAGUGCGUUUUUCUAUAACCAUGUGUGCCUUUUCCCAUGCCUUUUCCGUGCCAUCCACCAUGUGGCUUGCCCAUUCAUUCCCCUUGCCGUCCCCAUGCCUUCCCCGUUCCAAUUCUCUCUCCCUGCUGCCUCACCAGCAUCGGCACGGGACCUGUUGAGAGCAGCGGGGUACGAGCAGCUGAGGGAGGCUGGCGAGUGGCAACUGUUGGCUGACACCAAACCCUGUAGCCAUUCAAUCCAUAAUCCAUGUACUAUGACCUCAUUCUUUCUCCAUCCAUUCCCCCGCUUUUCCACUUCACUUCCCCAUUCCCUCUCUGCUGUCCUCACCAGCAUCGGCGAGGGACCUGUUGAGAGCAGCGGGGUACGAGCAGCUGAGGGAGGCAGACGCGUGGCUAUCCAUGUACCAUGUGAAGUGAAUGCCCUCUUUUUUUUCUCCGUGCACUUCCCUGCCUUUCCACUUCACCUGCCCAUUCCCUCUCUGUUGUCCUCACCAGCAUCGGCACGGGAUCUGUUGAGAGCAGCAGGGUACGAGCAGCUGAGGGAGGCGGACGAGUGGCAGCUGAGGCCUGGUGGCAAAUACUUCUUCACUCGCAACCUCUCUUCCAUCGUGGCGUUUGCCGUCGGGGAGAAGGCGUCCCCCGCGUCCCUCCCUCUGCGCAUAGUGGCAGCACACACGGACAGCCCGUGUCUGAAGCUCAAGCCCGUCUCGGCCGCCACCAAGGGUGGCUGCCUCUCCCUCGCCGUGCAGACCUACGGUGGCGGCCUCUGGCACACCUGGUUUGACCGAGACCUCUCAGUAGCUGGGCGGGUGCUUGUGCAAGGGGAGGACGGCAGGGUGGUGCAGCGCCUGGUGAAGAUUGACCGGCCGAUUCUGCGCAUUCCCACUCUCGCAAUUCACCUCGACCGGAACGUGAACACAGACGGGUUUAAGCCCAACGCGGAGACCCAUCUUGUGCCUGUCCUGGCCACUCACAUUAAAGCCCAGUUACGCGCAAACAAUGGCGCCGCUGCUGCUGCUAAUGGUGCUGGUUCGGGCAGCCGGCAGGGUGUAGCAGAGGGGGGUGCUGCAACAGCUGCAGCAGCGGCUAGGGUGAAUGGCAAGACGAAUGGCACAGGCAGCAGCAACGGCAGUGGUGGUGGCGGUGGUGGGGGUAAUGGCAAUGGGAAUGGGAGCUCGGAGCACCAUCCUCUGUUGCUAGAGCUUCUAGCAGAGCAGCUAUCGUGCCCUCCCUCCGCUAUCCUAGACUUCGAGCUGAACGUGUGCGACACACAGCGCAGCGUAGCGGGCGCGGGGGGAGCAGGCGAGUUCAUUUUCAGCGGGCGGUUGGACAACCUGGCGUGCUGCUACACGGCCCUGCAGGCGCUGAUCGACGCGGAGGGGCUGCAGGAGGAGCGGGGCGUGCGCAGGUGGCGCUGUUCGAUAACGAGGAGUGGUGCGGCAUCGCCUACCAUGUACAACGCCAUCAAGCGCAUCGUCAAGCAGAUGCCCGGAGUCAAUGCAGAGGAGGGUGCAGUGGAGAGGAGUCUCCGCGCCUCGUUCCUAGUGAGUGCGGACAUGGCGCACGCACUGCAUCCCAAUUACCCCGAGAAGCAUGAGGAGCGGCAUCAGCCGCGCAUGGGGGCGGGCAUGGUGGUGAAGCACAAUGCCAACCAGCGCUACGCCACCAACCUCGUCUCCUCCUUCCUCUUCAAGAACCUCGCCGCCAAACACGGCCUGCCCUGCCAGUCCUUUGUGGUGCGCAAUGACAUGGGGUGUGGCAGCACCAUCGGUCCCAUCCUCGCUUCCGGUCUGGGCAUUCGCACCGUGGACGUCGGCAUCCCGCAGCUCUCCAUGCACAGCAUCCGGGAGAUGUGUGCAUCGGACGACAUAGACACGGCAUACCAUCUCUUCAAGGCCUUCUACUCGACAGCUUUUGCAGAGGUGGAGGACUCUCUUGACCUCGAUGAAUGA